AUGAGAAUUGAAACAUGCCACUUCUGCUCUCGCCCGGUAUAUCCCUCUAAGGGCAUCCAGAUGGUUAGACUGGACGGGAAAGCCUUCCGAUUCUGCCGCUCAAAGUGUCACGCCAACUUCAAACUGAAGAGACAACCGCGCAAGCUGAAAUGGACCAAGGCCGGCCGCGCCGCCAGCGGCAAGGAAAUGAUUGUCGACUCAUCGCUCGUGCUCUCCCAGUUCGCCAAAAAACGAAACGUCCCUGUCAAGUACGACCGAAAUCUUGUCGCGGCGACCGUCCAGGCUAUGGAGCGGGUGGAAGAGAUCAGAGCGCGCCGCGAGCGGGCAUUUACGAAGCGCCGGCUGGCGGGCAAACUUGCGCGGGAACGCAAGCGCGAGGAGGACAGGAAGGUCGUUGCAGAGGGCGAGCAUCUUAUUCGCAAGGAACUUCGCGAGAGAGAAGAGGGGAGGUCGCUUGCCGAGGAAGGUGUCAAGGUCGCGAACAGAGUGCAUGGGGAGGAGAGGCUCCGGCAGAAGAAGAAGACCAGAUUGUUGGUGGAUGGGACUACGCAGGACGAAAUGGAUGUGGACUAGGUUUUCGGAGGGCAUUCGGCAUUAUUCUCUUUUGUUUCGAGGUUUUACGACGGAGUUCGGUUUGUUUCGUACCUGGACCUUUGCCCAAAAGCUAUUCAUGAUGCACAUUAUGCAGAUAUCACAUUUUACUUACUGAAAGCAUAAUCAGAGGAUUCUACCCAGCAUGGUUGGAAAGUUCGAACUAUACAGAGUAGCAAUGCUAUAUCUGUGCCCAAAGCUUUCAGGAACAAUUCCAGC